AUGCCUUUUAGAUAUCUUGGAGUCCCUCUUGCUGCUCAAAAGCUUAAAAUCUCCCAUUAUGUCCCGUUUGUGGAUAAAGUGGCUGCCUACAUCAAUGCUUGGUCCUCCGCUACUCUGUCUUAUGCUGGCAGAACAGAAUUAAUUCGAGCAGUGCUUCAAGGAGUCGAAUGUUUUUGGCUCUCCAUCUUGUCCAUUCCUUCUGCGGUUAUUGUCCGCAUUGUCCGUUUAUGUCGCGUGUUCCUUUGGAACUCCAAGCACCCACUUGUUCCUUGGAAGGAUGUUUGUUUGCCUAAGAAGGAAGGGGGCCUCGGAUUCAAGGAUAUCAAGAUGUGGAACCUUGCUCUUCUUGCUAGAACUCUAUGGGACAUCCAUCAAAAGGAGUCCCUAUGGGUCCAAAGGGAUGACUCCCCUCUUCUCAAGCAACUCCGCUGGAUCAGGGAUAAAAUUUUACUGGAAGCUGGGUCAAAUGAUGCUGCCAUAUCUCGGUUAUCUUGCUGGACCAACAAUGGUCGCUUUUCCAUCUCGUCCGCCUAUAAUUAUUUCCGUGACAAAGGCCCUUUGAGGGUCUGGGCAUCUAAUGCGUGGCACCCGAGUGUUGUUCCAAAGCAUGCUUUUGCCCUUUGGCUUGCUGCCAAAUCAAGGCUGCUUACGAGGGACAGGUUGCUCUAUCUUGAUAUUAACAGAAGCUGUGUUCUUUGUGGGACUGCUGUGGAGACCAACAGCCAUCUUUUCUUCCAAUGCCCUUUCAACUCAUCUGUUUGGGGCAUUAUCCGUGAAUGGCUGGGCAUAUCGAGGCUCAUGAGCACUAUUCCUAGUGCUUUAAAGUGGUUAAAGAAGAAAGCUCGAGAAGCCAAGGUCAAGAGGAUUGCUCUUGCCUGCACCGUUUACUAUCUUUGGAACAUUAGGAAUAGGAAGAUUUUUGAAGACCAUAGACCUUGUAUUGACACUGUCAUUCGUAAGAUCAAAACACAAGUAUACAAAGACACUUUUUCUUUGUAUCCUCAUGUUUUGAUUUAUUUUGAGGCCCUCUUUUUGGGUCAAUGAUUGUAUCCCUAGGUAUGCCUAGUGUACUUGUACAGUUUCUUUUGAUCUUUAUACAGUUAU